CCGUCGCCGGCCGGCUGUCGCGCCGCCGUCCGCCGCCGCCCCUCGGAUCUACGCCUCGUCCCGCAAGUCUCCGUCCAUCGCCGCUCGAAGCAGCCGCCCAAAGUCCCCGAGCACGCCCUGUCUUCUCCCCAUCUGCCGCCACUCCCUCCGUUGGUCGCCGCCGACAGCCGCACAACGUAGAGCUCCUGACGGGUCUGGCCGCAAGAUCCACGCCGGAGAAGCCAUUCCCCCAGCUCAAGGUAAGCAGCCACCUCCCCCCUCUUGUAGUACUCUGAUUCAGCCUAGUUCGUGCACUGUCUGUGGACAGCUCCAAUUUCUUGUGAUAUGAAACUGAUGUGUGCACCUUUUCCAUAUAUACGUGUAGUGCAGUUUGUAGUGAUAUGAAUUGACUUCAGAUCGAAUCAAUAAUUUCCUCAUGUUGGUAGUACAUGUUCAUGCUGGUACUGUUUAUUUUCCAUAUAUUUGGGCACAAGAUUGUAGACUGAUGGAUGCUGAUUGUUUGCUUCAUAUUCAUGCUGCUACUGAUUGUUUGUGAGAUGGUAGUGAUUGUUUCCCAUAUAUUUGGACACAUGAUUAUAUACUAAUGGACGCUGAUUGUUGGUACAUGUUCAUGAUGCUACUGAUUUUGGUAUCUAUUUUUGAGAUGGUACUGAAUGUGUGGCAUAUAUUUUGAGGUAAUGUGUAUCCUUAAAGUAAUAUCAUUUUUGUAUAAAAAUGUCGUCAAGUGGGUCUGCCGAAUGGACCAAUGAGAAUACUCGGAUUAUCGUGGAGUUGUUUGUGAAACAAGUGAAGGCUGGAAACAUGCCAAGCACUCAUUUGACACCCAGUGCAUAUGAUGAGGUGGGAAAGGAAUUCUUGAUGAGAACUGGACUUGAGUACACACCAAAGCAAGUGAGGAACAAAUGGACCAAGCUAAAACGUGAGUACAACACAUUCAAGAAGCUCAAGUUGCGCGAGACUGGAGGGGGUUGGGACUUUGAGAAAAACACUGUGAAACAAGAUAAUGAGUGGUGGAAAAAGGCAAAAGUUGACCUCCCAGGUUGUGGCAAGUUCAAGAAGCAUGGACUUCGUAAUGAAGAAGGUUUGCGCAUCUUGUUUGAGGAUAUCAGUGUUGAUGGCACUGACCAUUGGAACCCUGCAUCUGGUCUGCCUCCCCCCUCUAGUUCGGCAUUAAAAACCACCUUGAAUGUUGAUGAAAUCACCGAUCUUGAUUUGGAGGAUGAUACCGAAGAGCAACCUUCUCCGACAGUAGCUAGUUCAUCUAAAAUGAGGCUUGGGGUCACGAUUCCGGAGAAGAACAAGAAACCAAAGACUGCACAAGUGAUGCAAGAGGAGAUUAGAAAGAUUAGUUCUAUUGCCCAGGCUUCACACACAUCGUUUCAGUCUUUCCUAAAGAAAGAUGAGACCGUUUCUGUUGCCUCUACCAUGGAUUUAGUUCCUGAUUGUGGCGUAAUAGACGGCACUGAUGAGCAUUUCAUUGCAACUGAGCUCUUUCUGAAGAGAGAGCAAAGAGAGAUGUUCUUGCACAUGACAUCCGACUCUCGAAAGGGUUGUCAAUUUAGGCAAGUAUUACCUUGUAGAUGCCGGGUAUCCUAAUAGAGAUGGAUAUCUAGCACCAUACAAAGGAGAACGGUAUCAUGUCCCCGACUUUCAAAGAGGUGCACCUCCAAAUACUCCUAAGGAGAAGUUCAACAAGAUUCACUCCUCCAAACGCAAUUGCAUAGAGAGAAUCUUUGGAGUGUGGAAAAUGAAAUGGCAAAUUCUCCUCAAGAUGCCAAACUACUCGUUCCAAACACAGAUGAAGAUAGUUGCAACUACUAUGACAUUGCACAACUAUGUUCGCCUCCAUGACAAAGACGAUAUCCACUUUGUUCGAUGUGAAAGGGAUCCGGAUUAUGUUCCAACAAUCCCGGAUAGUAAUAAGAAGUGUGUUAUUCCUUCAAGUGCAUCAGAUGCUUCAACUUCGGAGGCAAGUGCUCCUGACAUGGAUAGAUUUAGGAAUGAACUAGCUACCGCCAUUGCUCUUGGUUGGUGAAGUCAUGGUCAUGUUCUAUAAAUAUUUGUAUCCGUUUUGAUUUGCGAACAGAUGCAAAUUUGAGAAAGCUUUUGUCGUUGGACAUAUCUCAAACCUUGUGGUUCUUUA